CAUUUUCUUGGACCUGGUUGAGGUUGAGUCUAAAUUGACAUCAUGUGUGAAUGUGAGUGUGAAUGGUUGGCUGCCAAAGGAUUUGUCAGGCUUUGUUCGACCAAGUCGUGGUACUGACAGACACUUGAAACACUUUAAACGUUAAUAUUAUGAUUGUGUUUUAUUUUUAGUGGAUAACUGAUUAAACCAGAGUUUCCAUCGAUCUCCUGUCCUUCACCGUGGAGGCGGCGGUGCAGACCCAGCCGGUGAUGAACCUCGGUGGUUGUUGAAGCUGCAGAUCAACAGAACUGAUGGAUUUCUCUGUGAACAAAUGUUCUUCUUCUCUGAUUAUGAAUCACACGCAGCUCGGGUACGCGCUGCGGGGCGUCGAACCCUGCGCCUCCUGGUGAGUCUGAGGAACUGUUCCCUCCUUAAACACACACUGUUCCCACACAUGCAUUGUUUUCUUUCCAUUAUUAUGGUUUUAAAUUCCUAGACCUGCACGUUUGACUGUGUCGACACUGAACUUCUGUCACUAUGUGUUGCUCCCUGUGUCUGAAAAGGUGCAAAUCCUGGAGGAACUGACACGUCUCCUCCUCCUCCUCCUCCCCCUGCUCCUGCACCUCCUCGUGCUGCAGCAGCAAACGCAGUGAGUGAGUGAGUCGCCCUGCAGCAGCAGCAGCAACAGCAGCAGCAGCAGCAGUAAACCGUACCUGUCGCUGCAGAACAGAAGAUUCGAGGUGUAAAAUCAGAAAGUCUCCAGAACAAUUCUCCUGUUCGGGAUCUGUGAACAUCGACGACUUCGUCUUCAUUCGCCUCCAACCGCCACACAUCGUGCCCUUGAUGCUCAAGUGUGGCAACGCCGAAGGGACCAAUUUUGGUGCAUCGCCGUGAACACACAGACACCGGCACAUUCGCGCGGGGAGUGAUAAAGGGCGAGAGAGAGAGAGAGAGAGACGGAGAGACGUAGACCACAGAGGCGUCUUGAUGCGAGCUCUUCACUGGAGACAAAUGAGGGGCUACCUGCUGACUGCAAUCUUUCUGCUGCCCCUGGUGGCCUCGGAGUCCGAGCACUGUAUCAUCAAACGGGAACAUGAAAAAUGCAUGGAGAAAAUCCUACUGCACGAUCCCAGUGACGACCUUGACCUGGUCUGUCCAUGGAUGUGGGACAAUCUGACCUGCUGGCAGGCGGCCCGUGUUGGUGAAGUCGUAAUGGUCAACUGUACGGAGCUCUUUCAUGACAUCAUGAGUCCUGAGGAUGAGAUGGGGAGGGUCAGUCGUAACUGCACGGAGGAGGGCUGGUCGGAGCCGUACCCUCACUACGCGGACGUCUGCUUCUUCUACGACAACACCACCAGACCUGACAUGUACUACGCCUCAGUCAAGGCCCUGUACACGGUGGGCUACAGCACGUCACUUGUGUCCCUGACCACUGCCAUGGUGAUUCUCUGCAGGUUCAGAAAGCUUCACUGCACCAGAAAUUUCAUUCACAUGAAUCUGUUUGUGUCCUUCAUCCUGAGAGCCAUCUCCGUCUUCAUCAAGGAUGGCGUUCUGUACGCUCAGGAGGACAGCGACCACUGCUUUGUCCACACAGUUGCGUGUAAAGCAGUGAUGGUUUUCUUCCACUACUGCGUCAUGUCCAACUACUUCUGGCUGUUUAUUGAAGGACUGUAUCUGUUUACUCUGCUGGUGGAGACGUUCUUUCCCGAGAGGCUGUACUUCUACUGGUACACCAUUGUAGGAUGGGGGACUCCCACCGUUUGUGUGACUGUCUGGGCUGUUCUGAGACUUCAUUUCCACAACACAGGAUGCUGGGAUACAAACGAGCACACUGCCCUCUGGUGGGUGAUCAAGGGACCUGUUGUGGCCUCUAUCAUGAUUAAUUUCGUCCUCUUCAUUGGAAUUAUAAUAAUCCUGGUGCAGAAGCUGCAGUCACCUGACAUCGGAGGGAACGAAUCAAGCAUUUAUCUCAGCUGUGCUCAGAAAUGCUUCAGUGAGCCCACACAGGCUGUUCAGCAUUCGUGCAGGAUGUCAGAGUUAUCCACCAUCACACUGCGUCUGGCUCGCUCCACCCUCCUGCUCAUUCCUCUCUUUGGAAUUCACUACACUGUGUUCGCCUUUUCACCUGAAGACGUCAGCAAGAGGGAGAGGCUGGUUUUUGAACUGGGACUGGGAUCAUUCCAGGGCUUUGUGGUAGCAGUUCUUUACUGUUUCCUCAAUGGAGAGUUUCUCCCUGAAGGUGCAGUCAGAGAUCAAGAGGAAAUGGCGCAGCUGGACCGUGAACCGGUACUUUGCUGUGGACCUGAAGCAGCAGAGGCAUCCUUCGUUGGCCAGCAGUGGUGUGAACGGCGGGACUCAGUUGUCCAUCCUCAGCAAGAGCAGCUCCCAGAUACGCAUGUCCAGCCCACUGGCGGAGAACGCCAACAUCAGCCUCCCGACCUGAGCGUCUGACCAGACGGAGUUAAUGCUGAGGUGCCGUUCCACUAAUGUACAUCCUGACCAAUCACAACAGACCAAAGUGGCCCCUAAUCUUUUAAAUUAAAAAAUGGCAGUAUUUCUAAAUGUAUUUACUAAAUUGUUCUGAGGUUACAUGGUUCAUUUCAUAAUUUCAACUUUUUUAUUAAUAUUUCAACUAUAGUUGGAUAUAUUUAAUAUAAACAAAUAUAAUUAAUGCAUAAUUUAACUUUAGAGUUGGAUAUAAGUCUUUGACUUUUGUAUCAAAUGAUAAAAGUCGUAUUUUUUCAACAACCACAAUAUGAAUCCGACCUCGUCUAAACAGAAAGGGAAGAAGUGGAUUCUGACAUUUCUGCUAGUAUUUUGGUUGUUUUUGUUUAUUUAUUAAUAUUUAAAAUGUGCCAGGAGAAAUGCUAAAUGCUGAAAAAAUAAUAAUAAGCGUAAUUUAAAUUGUGGGGUCAUAUUUGGCUGUUGGUGUAAAAUGUGUGUGAUUUAAAGUGCCAUACGUGAUGCCAGACUGGAUCUAUUUUCAAAACAAUCCAAAGUUAAAAAAACAAACAAACAAACAAAAAACAUGUCAGCCAAAUGUUAGCCUUGCUUGUACAAAUGCUCAUGGUUAAAAAAAAAGUUUCAUCUUAUUUUUUUUUUCAACAAUGAGCCAUAGCGUACAGAGUAUGUCAAAAUAGAAAUUUAAACAACUUAUGAACUUUGUAAAUAGUUAGUUUUAGUGACUAGAUCUGCAUUUAUUAGUUAUUUUGUUUCUUUCCUGUUUGUGAUACACAGUAUUGUAACGACCUUUUCAAACAAAAGGAACUGGAGUCCAAAUCUGUAGAUUUUCAGAGAAGGUAUCCUGCCCAAGCUCUCUAUCCCUCUCCCCCCUCUCACCCAUCUCUCUCUCCCUCUACUUAAAAAAAAAUAGUUUCAAAUAGCACUUCUUUACAAGGAAACAUUCUGUCAAACACACUGACAGAUAGGAGAUUAAUUCAUUUGGGUGACAUAUUUACUCCAUGACAUUACUGUGAAACGUCAAGUACUUUGGCCUCAGAAAAAUCCUCAUAUUAAAGACGGUAUUCAGUGCAAAGAGGGAAUUAACAAAACAAAAAACAAAAAGAAUGUAAAAGGCAUCGGUAUAAACUAUAUCCUGAUGUUGCGACACAGGUCUUAAAAAAAUGUACUCUUCAGACUUCGUCAUGACUGUGAAUUUAAACGGUGUAUGUGCCAUGUAGUAAAUACUAGUACGUGUAGCAGUUGUGUCGACGUCAGCGGUGUGUAUUCGUAGGCUAGUGAUAAUCAGAGCCUCUCCGCGCUCUUCUCUUCUCUUCAGUAUGAUGGGAUUGUUUUGAAGCCGUUGUGUCGUGUUCAACCGCUCCUCAUUCUAGACGUGGAGAUGAAGCGUCUCCCUCUCGUGUUCCAAAGUGCCUAGUUAGUGAGGAACCGCCACUACGUUUAUCCAUAGAGAAAUCACAGCCUUCAGUCUGAUUAUGAAUGUACGCAGCUCUGUGUGUGUUUUUACAUAAAAAUGUAAAGUCCUGUUGUUUUAUUUUAGCUACACAUUUUACACGAGUCUCUGUCAUUUAUAUAUAUAUAUUCCUUUUUUUUCUUUUUCUUUUGCGUUUCAUCUCACUUUAGCACUUGAGUUAACAGGUUCAACACUGAGAUGACGAUGCUUUAAUGUGACAGCUCUUGACAAUCCCUGUUUUGUUUGUUUUUUGUUGUUUUGGGUUUUUUUUUUUUUGUCAAUUUGCUGAUUCUGCUCUUCGGUGUGUGCACAAACAAAACAAACGAAACAAUAAUAGUACGGGUGAUGAGAUUAUUAGGGUAUAAUAAUAUAUGACUGCAAAACUGCAAAAUGAAGGGUGCCAGAUGUGUUGUUUCCUCCUUAUUUAUCCAAGAUAUUUAUUUUUUGUAUCAUCAUCAAGAUUGUAGUGAGGUUAAACAAUGAACUGGUGACUUUGUGACAUAUAUAUACGUAUAUAUAGUGAUGUAUAUUUAUUUUCCAGUACUUUCAUGAAAUGAUCCGAUGUACAGUACUCACGUAUUCACUGUGUUCUAAUUGUGCAAUUUCAAUAGCGUCGACCUUCUGGGUCAAAUGUAGUGCCAUACCAGGUGACGGAGAGGGAUGUGUAGCACAGUCUUUUAUUCUGAAAAAAACAAACAAACAAACAAACAAACAAAAAAAACAUUAAACUGAAAUAGUUAUCUCAAAGUUUAUUAGGAUGUAUGGUAAGAUAAAUGUGUUGUUGUUUUUUUAAUGAGAAACAUACCUGAGUAGGUGGAGGUUAGUAGCAGUUAAAGACACACUUGUGUUUUGCUGCUGCUCAGGUCUUGUAUCACCAGCUGUCACUCUGAGUCUGAACUCGACUCAGAUGGAAACGACCAUGUCUCAAAGCUGUUACAGUUUUUUUCCCUCUUUGAUUAAAGAGGACUAAAAAAAACUCCUAAUGUGACCGUGUCUUGCUGUACAUGUGUGGA